GUCUGUUCUGUGCGACAACAGUGAGACAGAAAAGGGCGAGUGUCCGUCGGUGGCGUCGUUUAAAAGUAACGCGCGCGCGUUGUCUCUUUAACCUAGUAUUGGAUCCGACGGAUCGGUCGUUGAAGCUGCCGCUGGUGCGUCGUUGGACGUACGCGGAUAAAUCGCGGCCGGCACGCGAACACCGAGUUUUGAAAUUGCCGCGGUACUCGGAUCGGCCGCCUAACCUCUCGUCAGUCCUGCGGACACACCUCUCGCGUUAAGUCGGUGGACGACAAAGACAGGAACAACGGUGGCCGUCGUUCGGCCAGCAAUAAUGCCGCACGUGAGCAGCAGCGGCGGCGGCGACGAUCUCGGCAGCGAGGACGAGGUCAAGGUUUUCAAGGAUGAGGGCGAGGACGAGAAGAGGUCCUCCGAGAACCUCACCGAGGAGAAAAGUUCCCUCAUCGACCUCACGGAAUCUGAGGAAAAGGUCUCGCUCGCCGGUGGAAGUUACGCGACGACGGGCAAGACGUCGACAAGAUCGGAUCUCAGCCCCGUUUUCGGUAAGGUGGAUCCGACGCCGCAUACCUCGUCGUUCAACAUGGGCUACCUCGUCUCGCCGUACCCCUACCCCAAUGGCGCCGGAGGACCCAUUCCUGUCUCUAUGAUAUCACUUCUGAUACAUCUGGCAACGUAUAACCAUUAUUGAUGGCUACUACCAGCCUCUCACAGCCUCUGCUGGCUUCUGCUGGCCACUGCUGACCACACCUGAUACUUCCGAC